ACUGUAACUGUUGUUACUCCUGUCAGGAUGACUUCCUGCUCCCUCCUCUCUCCUCCCCCUUCUCCCCCCCCUGCCCCCCCCCCCCUCCUCCUCCCAUUGAUCGCGUCCGAGCUCGCGUCAGCACCGAGCCCCCCCCCCCAAACUCCCCCCACCCCGGACCCCCGCCCACUAAAAGACCAGUAGCAAAGUGGCCCCGCCCCAAGGGCGAGGGGGAAAAAGGGGAACCGCCAGGUGGGUUUUGAAGAGCUUGUGGUUGUCACGGCAACACCGGGGCAGAGCACAUCCACCCCGCCUCAGCAGCCAAUCAAAGGUCAGAGGAGGAGCCGAGCAUGUCGCCUUGCCCCCAGACAGUGGGCGGAGCGUCCUGCUGCAGUAGCCAAUCCUGGCCCAGGAUGCAUGGAGAGGCCGGAGCUCAACACCACUCUGGCUCUGAAGGCGAAGCUUCUGUCCCUGCAGGGGGCGGAGUUUAACUCCCAGAAGGCCGUUCAGGAGACUCUACGGAUAUCUGAGAGGACCAAAAACCUGAUCAACACCAGAGCUACUGAAGAAGUGAACGUCUCUAGGUCUCAGCUUCUCUUCACCUCAUUGGUCAGUGUGGAUGUGCAGAAGGAUCAGCUGAUCAGCCAGCUGCUGCAGCCUCGGCUCCCCCCACACUCCCCCCCUUGCCGUGGCAACCAGGCAGCAGAUGGCCCCUCCCUUCUCCUCUUCAUGACCUCUGAUCUCCUCAGACAGAAGCCCCUCCCACUGGAGGAGGAGCCUGUCAACUACAAGCCCCACCCCUCACCACGCCCUGCCCACUCAACCUUUGACCUCUACAAACGAGGGAGGGGUUUAGAGGUUACGCCCUGACCUCCUCCCGGAGGCUCCUAUUGGUCAGACUGUGUGAUGUCCUUGACAAAUCAUCUAUUUUAUGAAUUGUAAUAUUAACUGAGAUGUGUUUCAAUCUGUUUUUC